GCCUUAAAAGCAGGCGGCGAGCGAGGAAGCGCCUCAGUCAGAGAGAGAAAGUGCUGGGGUGGUGGGGCUGCGGCUGCUCCGCCUGAAACUUCUGAGUAACAUCAACAGGGGGAGGGGAGGGCGGGCGGCGGUAGAGGAAGGUGGUGGGGGGGAAGGCUAGCAGCAGCGCAGCCCUAUCCGCCUCUCCCUCAUAAACCAGCCUGUGUUGGGCUGAGCAGGCCCCUCACACAAAGGAGGGCAGGGCAGGCAGGGCUGCCCCCCUUCCCCCCCGCCUCGGCAGAGGGGCAGCGGGGAGGCGCCCUUCUCCGUGCAGAGCACUCACAGCCACUUACUCCUCUCCUGUCCCCCGCCGUCUUCUUUUCUUUCCCCCCCUCCUCCUCCUCCCACCCCGCGGUUCUCCCCUCAGCCCCCCGCCCGCUGUCCAUGUAGCCGCCCGGCCGCCGGCCCCUCCGCACUAUGCCCAUCUUACUCUUCCUGAUAGACACGUCCGCCUCCAUGAACCAGCGCACCCAUCUGGGCACCACCUAUCUGGACAUAGCCAAAGGCGCUGUAGAGACUUUCAUGAAGCUCCGAGCCCGGGACCCGGCCAGCAGGGGAGACAGGUACAUGCUGGUCACUUUCGAGGAGCCUCCUUACGCUAUCAAGGCUGGCUGGAAGGAAAACCAUGCAACGUUUAUGAAUGAGCUGAAAAACCUUCAAGCUGAAGGACUGACGACUCUUGGCCAGUCUCUAAGGACAGCUUUUGAUUUAUUAAAUUUAAAUAGAUUAGUAACUGGCAUAGACAACUAUGGGCAGGGACGAAACCCCUUUUUUCUGGAGCCAGCAAUAAUUAUAACAGUUACUGAUGGAAGUAAAUUAACUACUACCAGCGGGAUACAGGAAGAGCUCCAUUUACCUCUAAAUUCCCCUCUACCUGGAAGUGAGUUGACUAAGGAACCCUUUCGAUGGGAUCAGAGGUUAUUUGCUUUGGUUCUCCGUUUGCCUGGUGUUACAGCACCGGAAACGGAGCAGAUGACGGGGGUACCAGUGGAUGACUCCGCAAUCACACCUAUGUGCGAAGUCACAGGAGGUCGAUCAUAUUGUGUGUGCUCUCCAAGAAUGCUGAAUCAGUGUCUUGAGUCAUUGGUGCAAAAAGUGCAAAGUGGAGUGGUAAUAAAUUUUGAAAAAGCUGGACCAGAUCCUUCACCAAUUGAUGAUGGGCAGGUGGAUAUAUCUAGACCCUUUGGACCACAACCUUGGCACAGCUGUCACAAACUUAUUUAUGUCAGACCAAACCCUAAAACUGGGGUUCCUAUAGGUCAUUGGCCUGUUCCUGAAUCCUUUUGGCCAGAUCAAAAUUCUCCAACACUGCCACCUCGCACAUCUCAUCCUGUGGUGAAAUUCUCCUGCACUGACUGUGAACCGAUGGUCAUUGACAAACUGCCUUUUGAUAAAUACGAGUUAGAACCUUCACCACUGACCCAGUUUAUCCUGGAAAGAAAAUCCCCACAGACCUGCUGGCAGGUGUACGUGAGCAAUAGUGCAAAAUACAGUGAACUUGGUCAUCCUUUUGGUUACUUGAAAGCUAGUACAGCGCUGAAUUGUGUGAAUUUAUUUGUGAUGCCUUACAAUUAUCCAGUCCUCCUUCCACUGCUAGAUGACUUGUUUAAAGUACACAAGGCAAAGCCUACAUUGAAAUGGCGACAGUCAUUUGAAAGCUAUUUGAAGACAAUGCCUCCUUAUUAUCUUGGGCCUUUGAAGAAAGCUGUGAGAAUGAUGGGAGCACCAAACCUUAUAGCUGACAAUGUGGAAUAUGGACUUAGUUACAGUGUCAUUUCAUAUCUCAAAAAGUUGAGUCAGCAGGCCAAAAUAGAGUCCGAUAGAGUCAUUGGCUCUGUAGGCAAAAAGGUAGCGCAAGAGACUGGAAUUAAGGUCAGAAGCAGAUCACACAACCUGUCUAUGGCACAUAGGAACGAUUUUCAACAUCUGCUACAGGGGAUUACUGGGGAAAUUCCUCAUAGACCUCUAGACCUCAAUAUGAAGGAGUAUGCUGGGUUCCAAAUAGCUUUGCUGAAUAAGGAUUUGAAACCUCAGACUUUUAGAAAUGCUUAUGACAUACCCAGAAGAAAUCUUUUGGAUCAGUUAACACGAAUGAGAUCUAAUUUACUGAAGAGUACUCGCAAGUUCCUCAAAGGACAAGAUGAAGAUCAAGUUCACAGUGUACCUAUAGCACAAAUGGGAAACUACCAGGAGUAUCUAAAACAAAUACCUUCUCCACUCCGAGAGCUUGAUCCAGAUCAACCACGACGGCUUCAUACAUUUGGCAACCCAUUCAAAUUGGACAAAAAGGGAAUGAUGAUAGAUGAAGCAGAUGAAUUUGUGUCAGGACCUCAAAAUAAACAUAAAAGACCUGGAGAACCAAAUAUGCAAGGGAUUCCGAAAAGACGACGUUGUAUGUCCCCCCUGCUCAGAGGUCGACCGCAAACUCCUCCGGUUGUGAAUAACCACAUUGGAGGAAAAGGGCCACCGACACCGAUCACACAAGCACAGCCUGACCUUGUUAAACCUAUUCCUAUUCACAAAACAUCAGAAACAAAUAAUGAGGUUACAAUGGAUGAUGUGGUUGAGAAUCACGUUACAGACCCACUUUCAUCAGAUGUUUUCCCAAAUACUGUGGAUUCAGAGUUUUCAAUGUCCUCUUCUCUGUUCAAUUCCCUGGACCGACCGGCAGCUCACACAGAGGAUGUAGGCCAUGAACAUUUAGGAAAUAACUUGAAUGUUGAUGGGUUUUUGGAGAAUCAUGAGGAAUCGGGUAGUAAAGAACAGAGUACUGAAGAGAACCUGCCAGUGUCUUCACCCAGCAAAGGGAAAAAACCAGUGCAUUGCAGAAGUUCCAGAGAGAUUAAUAUAGAGCUAAGAGCACAAAUUAUGAAAGAGAUCCGAAAACCAGGAAGAAAGUAUGAAAGAAUCUUCUUUUUACUGAAGCAUGUGCAAGGAAACUUACAAACGCGACUGAUAUUUUUACAAAAUAUUAUUAAAGAAGCUUCAAGGUUUAAAAAACGAAUGCUGAUCGAACAGCUUGAGAGUUUUCUGGAAGAAAUCCAUCGCAGAUCCAAUCAGGUCAACCAUAUCAACAGCAGCUAAGAAACACUGCACAUAAGAGAAAGCCACAGCAGGGCACUGCUGUCCUUACUUGCAUUCAUUUUUGACAUGCGCUCUUAUCUCAAGUUCCUAUACCCAAAAGAAUGAGAAGCUGCUUUAUAAAGUGAUGAGAAAAGUAUCCAUCAUCUUUUUUUUUUCCUUCACUUCUGUUAUUUUUGUAAUGUGAAAAAUAUCACAAAAACAUUUUUAUUUAACUAAACAGAGAACUUCUUGCUUGUUAUGGACUUAAGUGUCACUUUCCCUCAGGUUCUAUUUUUCUUAAUCCAACCUUCAAAAUUAUCACCUCUUGAGGUUGAACUUUGCCAAAAAGUUGCUUUGUAAUUUAAAAAAAAAGCACAUACAUUAAACAAGGUAAUGUUUUGUAUAUACAGUUAUUUUGGAUAUAUUAUUGUAAGAUGUAUAAAUGUAUUUUGAAAAAUAUUUAAGAAAAGCACUUUUGUUAUUCCAUCAAUAAAAACUCUAUUUUAA